AUGUUCCGCAGGCCCAGUUGGGGAUGAUUUAUAUCACUGGCAAGCAUCUAUCAUGGGUCCUCCAGACUCUCCAUACGCCGGAGGUGUUUUUUUCCUUUCUAUCCAUUUCCCAACUGAUUAUCCAUUCAAACCACCAAAGAUUGCUUUCACCACUAAAAUCUACCAUCCUAAUAUCAAUGGUAAUGGUAAUAUUUGUUUAGAUAUAUUAAAAGACCAAUGGUCUCCAGCAUUAACCAUCUCAAAAGUAUUAUUAUCUAUCUGUUCCCUUUUGACUGAUGCUAAUCCUGAUGAUCCUUUAGUACCAGAAAUAGCUCAUAUCUAUAAACAAGAUAAAGCGAAAUACGAAGCUACUGCUAAAGAGUGGACUAAGAAAUACGCUGUAUAGAUUUAUUUCAUUAUCUUCGAUUUCUUUAUCUUUAUUAAUAUAUAUUAAACCUUCA